AGUUAACCUUCUUGAUAAACACUUGCUCGAGAAGUGAAAUAUGGGUAGUAAUAUCAGUGGUAUCGCUCUCAUAUGCAUUCUAUUCUUUGUUAUUAUUAAUUUAGACGUCACCCUCGCUACUCAAGAUCCUGGCAAGCAGCCGACCACAACAUGUACGACCUAUGUGAAUCGACCUUGUACACCUCAAUUCUGUGUUGAGAAUUGUCCAUACUACACCAAUGGUGCUCCGCCUAUAUCUGCACUUUGUGAACUACCCCACCAAUACCGCUGCAUUUGCACCUUUGAAUGUUAUGCUCCUCCGCCUCUUUCCCCAGAAAAUUCAUUUUCCUAUAAUAAUUAAGGCUGGAUCAUAAUUUAAAAAAAUUGAUACUAAUAAUGUAUUCUUUUUUUACCUGCAUAUAAUUACAUUUCACCUCUUACUCCUUUUUUGAAUAAUCCAAUUUUGAUUUCUUGGAAUUUAAAUCCCGCCUGCGCAUCAAAUGAGAUUGCACAAUAUUUGUUAGGCAACAGGCCGGGAGUUUGAAAGGUCAAGUAAAAGGGGAGAAUGCCAUUAGCAGGCUGGAAAAAGAUUAGAUUAUUACAAUUAAAAUUGCUAAAUACUAAUACACACAGUACUACGUAUAUAGUAAAUUUGUAAUAUAUAAAUGUAUGUUGUGUGCAAUCACUGGAAUAAAUAAAUUUGUUCUACUUACUAUUUUUUUUUUGGAUGAAAGUUCUACUUACUAUUAUUGGAAGGAUGCGAUGU